AUGUCCACCGUCCCUCGGGGCGGCGGCGUACUCUCCGCCCUCCUCGCCCUCUACGACCACUCGGAUGCGGCGUCGCAGACCGUUGGCAGCAUCUCGACGCGCUCCUCUUUCGACGAUUCACGCCCGCCGUCGAGGGCGCGCUCGCGCGACCUUGGGAUCACGACCCCCCGCUGGGCUGGUUCGGCGAACAGCUCGUCGAUCUCGGUCAACCUGCCCACGAUCCGGGUGCCCAAGCCGUGGGCGGAGUCCCGUCCAGUGCAGGCGCGCAACGCCGGCGGGGUGUUCGGCGCGCUCAUCGCAAGCACAGGCAACAUGUCGGGCGUCGCCGCCCCGCAGAACAGCACCCUCCAGCCGAGCUUGAAGCGGCCGGGGUACCACCUCUCGAGGUACUCGCUGGAGAGCAACGUCCCAAAGGUGAAGUCGGACAAACAGUCGCUGGAGCUGUCGCGUCCGCGGAGUAUGCACUUUGACACGACGGAGCACGGGACGGUGCAGAGACUGGGCGACAGGUCGCCGGACCACAUGUCGCACCUCCGGACCGCGUCUCUUCCGCUCAACGCGUUGGAGGAGGAGUCGCCAGCGUCGACGAAGAGCAAGAAGUGGGCCGGUGUGCUGAAAGACCUGCCGAAGCCCAGCUGGAGCAGGGCGAACACCCCCAGUACGCCUGGCACGCCGACCAGCGACGACCUAGAUUAUAUGGACAAGGAGAAGGUCAGGAUGCGCGAACGGGAGAAGGAGGUUGAGCGGGCCAAGCGCGAAAGGCGGAAGCGGAAGAAGGCGGAGAUUUACAUUACUCGGCAUGUGGCGGAGAUUGUGCAGCGGCAGGAAUUUAUCCUGAAGCUCGCAAGGGCGAUGAUGAUGUUCGGCGGCCCGACGCAUCGGCUGCAGGCGCAGAUCCAGGCGACCGGCAGAGUGCUCGACAUCCAGCUGAGCUGCAUGUACCUGCCGGACGUGAUGCUCAUCUCGUUCGACGACGCGACGACGAGCACGAGCAACAUCAAGUUCAUCCGCCAGGCCAGUGCGCUCGACAUCGGCAAGCUGCAGGACGCGUACGCGCUCUACUGGAAGGUCAUCCACGACGACAUUUCCGUCAAGGAUGCGUCGAUCGCGCUCGACGACCUCAUGCGCAAGCCUCAGCUGUACAAGUUCUGGCAGCUCAUCCUCAUCGGCGGUUUCUGCUCCGCCUCCAUCUGCAGUGUCUCCUUCAACGGCUCGUUCAUCGACUCGCUCAUAUCCUUCCCCCUCGGCUGUCUCCUUAUCGUCAUUCAAGUCUUCGCCGCUCGUAAUGAAUUGUACUCAAAUGUCUUCGAGAUCAUGGUCUGCUUGCUGUUCAGUUUCAUCGCCGCCGCAUUAGCGGACACCCACGGACACCACGUCUGCUAUACGGCGGUUGGCUCGGCUUCCAUCGUGCUCAUCCUACCUGGUUUCAUCAUCCUGUGCGGUAGUCUGGAAUUGGCUUCGCGCAACAUCGUGUCCGGGGCUGUGCGAGUUUGUUUCUCUAUCAUCUACUCGCUUUUCCUCGGAUUCGGUCUCUCGAUUGGCGCAACGGUCUACUCGAAGAUUACGCACCACACGCUUGCGGGCACGGACGACUUGUCUUGUCAAAGCAGCCAUAAUCCUACGGGACCCUGGUGGCAGCAGACGCCGUCCACCUGGUGGGCGUUCUUGACCGUACCCGCGUACUCGUUCUUCUUGAGCCUACGGAACCAUGCCCCGUUGAAACGAAAGGAGACGUAUCUCCUAGUGGUUGUCUCCUGCAUCGGCUGGGUGUGCAAUCACUUCACUGGCACGAAGUUCCCCAACCAGAACGACAUUCCCGCUGCUGUCGGUGGUGCCGCCGUUGGCUUUGUCGCCAAUUUGUAUGGCCGGUUCUUCAACGGAAACGCUUUCGUCGUCAUGAUUACGGGUAUUCUGUUCCAACUGCCCUCCGGUCUCGCGAACGGUGGCCUGUUCACGUUCGUCACUGCGGAGACCGACGGGACAUCGUCGAGCGAGUCAUAUCUAUCAGGAUUCUACACUGCUUUGCAGCUCGUCUCGGUGUCCAUCGGUCUUACCGUCGGUCUCGGUGUCUCCCUUAUUCUCGUUCACCCCGUCCAGUCUCGUCGGAGAGCAGGCGGGAUAUUCAGUCUUUGA